AUGGGGCAUAGUUCGAAGAAGAAGAAGAAGCGCGGAGGAGUAGGAGGUCGUAGGGUCCAGGCUAAGGAUCAAAAUUCACUUGCCCCCGACAAUUCUGAACUUUUAUCAGAGGAACUCACCGCUUUGGGUGCAAUAUUUCAAGAAGAUUGCAAAGUUGUUUCAGAAUCGCCUCCUCAAAUUAAUAUCAAGCUCAGGCCAUACUCAAAGGAUACAGGUUAUGAGGAUUCCGAUGUUGCUGCUCUUCUUUCAGUAAGAUUUUUACAUGGUUAUCCAUACAAAUCACCAAAGUUGCAGAUAGUGCCAGAGAAAGGCUUGUCAAAAUCUGAUGCUGAUAACCUUCUAUCUUUGCUUCACGAUCAGGCUAGUUUGAAUGCUCGAGAAGGACGGGUGAUGAUUUACAAUUUAGUAGAGGCUGCUCAGGAAUUCUUGUCUGAAGUAGUUCCACAGGGACAGUCACAGGAAUCUGUCCGGUGCCAGGAAACAGAUAACAAAGGGCAGCUCUCUCAAAAGAAUGCUACAAUCUCACCUAGCAAGAUCAACUCUUUUAGAGGACCUUUCAUUUAUAGUCAUGUAGAUCUUUUCAGUGGUUCUGGAGAAUCAUGGAAUUGGAACCUGGGAAUGGAAGACAGUACUCAAAUAGUACAUCUGCAUACAUCAGAAGGUUCCAAACAGGGAAAUGAUAAUGUAGAUAAGGUGGACCAGAAUGUGAAACCGGCAAUGGUCGAGAAUUUAAAGACUGAAUCUCUACAUAAACCUUCGUCAAGACUAGAUCCUCUUGAAGAAGAAAGUGAGGAUGAGACACGAAGUACCAAUUCGAGUAGAAAGAUUUCUGAUGAAUCAGAUGGAAAUGACGCUCUUGGCGAUUUCAAGGAUAUUUUUGUGGAAGGAAAUCAAAUAGAAACCGAUUAUGAAGAUAUGUAUGGUGAAUCUUCAGAAUCAUUAUCCUUCGAGUCUGUGGUUCAUGACCAACCAUCUCAGACUGUGGCAAGAGAUUUGAUCCUGGCUCACUUGCUUCGCGUUGCUUGUGCUCCUAAAGGACCAUUUGCUGAUGCUUUGCCAGAAAUAACAUCCGAGCUCCUGAACUUAGGAAUUGUUUCAGAAGCUGUACGAGAUUUGGCCAUAAAACCAUCUGCAGUCUUUGACAAGACUCUCAAUCGUAUUUUUGGGAAGCAUAUUGUUUCAUCUAAGAUCUCUAAGUUUUGGACAAUGGCUUCUGAUUUUGGAGAACAUAGUUCUUCUUCUAUCCCAAGUUCCCGUUAUUUAAAUGAUUUUGAGGAGCUUCAAUCCCUUGGUCAUGGAGGAUUUGGUCAUGUUGUUCUCUGCAAGAACAAGCUUGAUGGUAGGCAGUAUGCUGUGAAGAAGAUUCGGUUGAAAGACAAGAGCCUCCCUGUAAAUGACCGAAUCUUGAGGGAAGUAGCUACACUUUCUCGGUUGCAACACCAACAUGUUGUACGUUACUACCAGGCAUGGUUUGAGACAGGAAUUGUUGGAAGCCAUGGUGAUGUCUCUUGGGGUUCCAAAACUGGCGGGAGCUCUAGUUUCAGCUUCAAUAACACAAGUUCAUCAGAAUUUGGACAUGAGAAUAAACUUGACUCUACUUAUCUCUAUAUUCAAAUGGAAUAUUGCCCAAGGACUUUGAGGCAAAUGUUUGAAUCCUAUAAUAAUCUUGACAAAGAACUCGCAUGGCAUCUCUUUCGUCAAAUUGUAGAAGGGCUGGCACACAUACAUGGACAGGGAAUCAUUCAUCGCGAUUUGACUCCCAACAACAUCUUUUUUGGUGCUCGUAAUGAUAUUAAGAUUGGGGAUUUUGGUCUUGCCAAGUUCUUGAAACUGGAGCAGCUGGACCAGGAUGCAGAUGCUGGAGAAAUGGUUGGAGUCUCAGUUGAUAGAACUGGCCGAGUUGGCACCUAUUUCUAUACUGCACCAGAAAUAGAGCAAGGGUGGCCAAAGAUUGAUGAGAAGGCCGACAUGUACAGCUUAGCAGUUGUUUUCUUUGAGCUGUGGCAUCCAUUUGACACAGCCAUGGAGAGACAUGUUGUCCUUUCAGAUCUGAAACAAAAGGGAGAGCUUCCUGCUAACUGGGUUGCUGAAUUUCCAGAACAGGCAUCCUUGUUACGGCGCUUGAUGUCUGCAAGUCCAUCAGACCGUCCGUCAGCCACAGAGCUUCUCCAACAUGCUUUCCCUCCUAGAAUGGAGUAUGAUAUGUUAGACAAUAUGUUACGAACAAUUCAUAGUUCAGAAGACACCAGUAUUUAUGAAAAAAUUGUGAAUGCUAUUUUUGAUGAGGAUAUGUUAGGCGCAAAGGGCAUUCAUGAGAGUGUUGGAAGACCAAAAUUGGUUGGGCAGGAUACUUCAUCUAUUCUUUUCUCGGAUCUUUGCACUGCUAAUCGUGAUCAGGUUGUUGAGGUUGCUACGGAAGUUUUUCGACAGCAUUGUGCAAAACAUUUGGAGAUCAUACCAAUGAGAAUGCUGGAUGAACGUCUGCAGCUUAACAGAAAUACUGUCAAGCUAUUGACUCCUGGAGGAGAUAUGGUCGAGCUUUGCCACGAGCUACGCUUUCCAUUCGUCAAAUGGGCUAUUACAAACCAGAAAUCAUUUUUCAAACGUUAUGAAAUAUCAUAUGUAUACCGAAGAGCAAUUGGUCAUUCAACACCGAAUCGGUACCUCCAGGGGGAUUUUGAUAUCAUUGGAGGAGCAGCUACGUUGACAGAGGCAGAGGUCAUAAAGGCUACAGUGAACAUUGUCACUCGAUUUUUCCAAUCAGAAUCCUGUGAUGUUCAUUUGAAUCAUGGGGAUCUGCUGGAAGCAAUAUGGUCUUGGACAGGAAUCAAACCAGAGCAUAGACAGAAAGUAUCAGAUCUUCUCUCUCUGUUGGGUUCUUUGCGUCCUCAGUCUUCUGAAAGGAAGUCAAAAUGGGUGGUCAUAAGGCGACAACUUCGACAGGAACUCAAUCUUUCUGAAGCUGCUGUAAAUAGAUUACAGACCGUAGGAUUGAGAUUCUGUGGAACUGCAGAUCAUGCACUUCCCAGAUUAAGAGGUGCCCUCCCUGCUGAUAAAUCAACACACAAGGCACUUGAUGAGUUGUCAGAGCUUUUAAACUAUUUAAGAGUUUGGAGGAUUGAUAAACACUUAUAUGUUGAUGCCCUUAUGCCGCCAACUGAAAGUUACCACAGGAACUUGUAUUUUCAGAUAUAUUUAAGAAAGGAUAACAGUACCGUAUCACUUAUGGAAGGAACGCUCCUUGCUGUUGGUGGUCGUUAUGAUUACUUGGUUCACCAUAUGUCAGAUUCUGAACAUAAAUUAAAUCCUCCAGGUGCAGUUGGGACUAGUCUUGCUCUAGAGACAAUUUUGAUGCAUUCUUCUGUAGAUAUUAAGCCUCACAGAAAUGAUGUGGGCAUUAACGUCCUUGUUUGUUCAAGAGGAGGAGGUGGCUUACUAGUGGAGCGCAUGGAACUAGUGGCUGAGCUAUGGGAGGAGAAUAUCAAGGCGGAGCUCGUCCCAUUAUGUGAUCCAAGCCUUACAGAACAGUAUGAAUAUGCAAGUGAGCAUGAUAUCAAAUGUCUUGUUAUUAUUGACACUGGUGUAUCUCAAAAAGGUUCAGUUAAGGUCCGUCAUCUUGAGCUCAAAAAAGAAAAAGAGAUCGAGAGGAUAAUCCUCCUCACGUCGCUCAAAACCCUCACUUCUUCAGGUUAUAACCAUCAUCCCCGGACGAAGUUGUAUAUUAGUCUUCCAGCACAUUUCGGGAUAUCAAGAUAA